GAGCAAAUGAACAGUACCAGGUAGUAACCAUUGACUGUAACGCCGUUAUGCAAUUUACAAGUUUAUCGAGCGCAUGGGAUAUGCACGGAGAGUACUUCACAACUACGUGCGAAGACCACUUAUAAAUAUAGGCUGGACGGCUGUUACCGUAUCGAGGUGUAGCAGUUGUGUGGGGCAAAAAUACGGGUUGCAUGUAUUAUUAGGUUAAGCCACCACAAUAGCCGCAUACAUGCGAACACAAGUUAUGGAUUUCGUUUGACUGAACUUCAAGAGGGGAGAGUACAGUUUCUUUUCGCUCUUUCCGACGUCUUGUGACAGUGUUAACAGGAACAGUUGUGCGAAAAGUUGCAAUCGGAAACGGGCUAUAUGCGGAACGCUGCUUGGCAGUGGCUAAACAUUUCAGCAAGCAAAUUGCAUCUAAUUAAAUCGGGGGGAGAGACGUCGAGAAAGACAACGAGCCAGUUCAUUUACUUCUGCUUUUUCCCUAGGAAACAUGAGGCACAUGACUUGUUGCAUCUGAAGCAAGACUUUAGCGUCGCUCGAAGUUCAGGCUGUUUCGCAGACUCAGUGAUCAGUAAUAAAGCAACCGGACAAUACUCGUAUCUGUUCCCCGGCAAGUUCUAACAUGGGAGGGUAAAGCCAACUCCCCUAUUCGACUGGACAGCGCUUCCGGAAAUUUUAGGGCGAAUUCCAGUGAGUCUCGCAGCGCCCAAGAUGCAAGGUUCUGCACCGUGACACGCUCCGUGUGCGGGGAACAUGGACGAGAACGAGGCACAGAUGGCGGGAGGGAGCGAUUCGGGCAAGGCCUCGGGUGCUCCAGGGCCCAGAGGGGACGAAGUCCCCGGGGACCGGCCCGACAGUGGCUCUGUUUCGGCCCUUAGGAACCAGCUGGCCCUGCUGGAGAGGAACCGGCAGCGUCCAAUCCGUGAGCGGGAAGACAACCUGCUCAACAUUCUGCCACUUUUCAUCGAGCUGUUCCAGAGUGGUAAUGCCGGAGAAGAUUUGAACCUGCAGGUCUUAGCUGCACAGUCAGCAGAAAUGGUGGUUUUCAGCAUUCAGCAGAAAUUGUCAGCGAAGCCUGCAGAAGAGGCUCGCUUCGAAGUGGAGCAGUUUUUUCGCCGGAAAGCAGAAGUGAGAACGAGCAGAGGCUGGCUUCUGCUGCGCUGCCUCAGCUUGCUGUCUGCCGGCGACUCGGAAACGGUCGCGACCAUCGUAAAGAGCGGGCUACCGGCCGCCCUGAUAAAGUGCCUGUACCUGUUUGUGUCCUUACCCCCCCGAAAAGAGGGCGUGGGAGAGGAGGCAGCCCCGGACUCCUUCCAGGAAGUCUUCACCCAGGUGCUCCUGCAGUUGUGCAGGCAGGUGCAGUGCGUGGAGGAGGUGGUGGAGACGCAGGAGCUGCAGUGCCUGAUCAUCGCCCUCACCUCCCUGUGGGACCAGUGCAGCUCGGCGUGGAGACGACAAGCGUCAAGAGUCCUGAGGGCGGUUUCUGCUGCCCAGGCCAAGAACACUGUCCCCACACUGCAGGCGAAGAACUGUGUGAAGAUCUGCAUUCAGAACCUGCUGAAGAUGCCGCCGCUGGUCCCCGGGCCCGUCCUGGCCGAGGUGGCUGUCAGCGUCUUCAGCUUCGUCCGCGACUCCUACCCCGGCGACCCGGCGCUCUUCCACGAGUUCGAGAACAACGAGGGGUACACCGUCCUGCAGAUGAUCAUGUCCCGGUGUGAGGACGGGGUGACCGCGGCGGACGUCCCGGCGCUGGAGGACUUCCUGGGCCUGAUCGCGUCGCUCACCCUGUGCGGGAGGGCGGAGCUCAAAGUGGCCGUGUGCAUCAGCAACCCCCAGCCCCCGAGCUUCAAGUUCGACCCCGUCCUGACCAAAGGAUCCGCGGUGAAGAACCUCACGGCGUUCCGGAUCAUGCAGACGUCCUUCCAGCGGUCGGAGAACCCGCACACCUGCUCCCAGAUCCUGCUGGCCGUGCGCAACAUCUGGACCUGGGACAAAGCCAACUUCUUCCUGCUGGAGUGGACCCUGCAGUCCCUGGCGCAGAUGGCGGAGUGCGUGUGGCGCAAGCCCCCGGCCGCGCACGCCCUGUUCCUGCGCCUCCUGGAGACCGUGGUGCUGCGGCUGUCCUACAUUCCGCACGAGGCGCUGCAGCAGGUGCAGGCGGCGUUCCGCCAGAAGGGCUCCGCCCCCUUCGUCGUGGCGACGCUGGCCAGCUUCCGCAGGCUGUGCGCGCGCUGCGGCCUGUUCGGCGAGGUGCUCUGCGACUCCGGCAUGCUGGAGAUGCUGCUCGCCGAGCUCCGCAAGCACGCCAAGGUCCUGAGGAAGGCCGGGGUGACAGGCACCAGCGGCCAGUCGAGUGACGGCGGCUCUGAGAAGGUCCUGGUCUCCAACAUGCUGAAGUUGGUGGCCAUCCUGGCGCAGAGAUCGGUCAAAAACACGGUGUCUAUAAGGGACCAUGGGAUGAUCCCCUACAUUAAGAUCUUCCUGGACGAGCAGCAGUUUCGCGGCCCCACGCUGAUCCUGCUGGAGCAGCUGUCCAUCAUAAACCCCGAGGAGUACAUGAGCAUCACCAUCGGGGCGCUCUGCUCCUCCACCCACACCGAACUGGGGCUCAAACGGGACCUGCUGCAGUCUGUGCUGAAGGUGCUGGAGAGCCCAAACUCCUGGAACGCCUUCCGGACUGCGGGGGGGUUCAACGGGGUGCUGUCCCUCCUGGUGGACAUGGAGGGGGCCCUGCGGGCGCGGCCGGUGGGGGUGUGGGCCUCGCUCCACCCCGACCGCGUGUGGGAGCUCGUCCUGCUCAGCCUCACCGCCGUCGCCCUGGCCGUGCACCUCCACCCGGUCAACGCCCACUUCUUCCACACCACCGGGCAGCACGCCAAGAUGGCCGACGCCCUCCUCCAGCUGGGCUGCUUCCGCGCGGACGGCGGCGGGGGGGCCGCGGAGGACGAGUCCGACCGCGAGCGCGAACUGGACCCCGACCGCCGCUGGAGCUUCCCCCAGUUCGUGGAGUUGGCGGAGACCUCCGGAGCCGGCCUGCCCCCCGCCUUCCGUGACUGCGUGCGGCUCCUCGCCUUCCUGGACCGCUUCGCCAUGGGGACCCUGGUCGUCGUGGAGAUUCCCGCCGGCCCGGAGGAGGAGGAGGAGGAGGAUUCCGAGCUUCCGGAGAGCCCCUCGGCGGCGGAGUGGGAUCGGGACGGUCCCGAGGAGGACUCCGUGGGGAGGACCCAGAGCUCUGCGAACAGCGCGCUGUCUGUAACCAGUGAUCCUGGACGCAGGUCUGCCUUUGAUCAGACGAUCGUUCACCCUGGGGCUGUUUGCGUUAUUAUGACUCUCCUCCCCAAAAUAACCAGCCUCAAACACACACAGCUGGUUGCCGAGCUGCAGUUGGCCGUGGCCAAUCACGUGCAGUCCCUGGUGAAGUCCGAGCGGAACCGGCAGAUCAUGUGCGAGGCGGGUCUGCUGCUGGUGCUGCUGGUGCACUGCGAGGCCAUCCUGCUCUCCAGCGCCCACCCCCUCCACCUGCCCGUGGUGCGCGUGUUCGAGAAGCUGGCGUCUCAGUCCAUCGACCCCCCCUCGCUCAGAAAGUUCCUGUGCCUGGGGAAUCCGUUCAUGUGUGGUGCCGAAAAUGCCCCCCCUCCUCAGCUAAAAACAGACGCGUCAAAUGGUGGGCACGGCGCCGGUGUGACCGACGUCCCCGCCGGUCAGGAGAGGAAGCCGCCGAACAGGGAGCUGAAGCAUAGCUUCAGUCUGCUGAACCACUCCGCCGGGUUCAGGGUUCCCCACCACCGGACCGUCAGCCUCGUCUCCAUGACGUCGCCCCGCAGCCUGAGGCCGCACAAACUGUCCGUGUCGCCGUCCUUCGUGGAAUUCGACAUGAGCGACAGCGGUUUUGGGUGUCUCUUCCUUCCCUCGUUAGCCACAGUGAAGGGGGUCGGUGCGGACUCCAUCUCUACCGGAGGCGUUGGCUGUGACUGCCGUGGCUUCCCCCCCUCGGCUGGCCUGUCCUUCUCCUGCUGGUUCCUGAUCAGCCGGUUCAGCUCGGCCUGCGACUCGCACCCGAUCCGGCUGCUGACCGUGGUGCGCCACAUGUCCCGUGCCGAGCAGCAGUUCGUCUGUCUGUCCAUCUGCGUCACCGCCCCCGACGGCUGCCUGGUCAUCAGCACCGAGGAGGAGGCCUAUCAGUUCCUCGAUGCGAUGGAGCCAGAAGUGCCCACGCCCACCACCCUUCCGUCUGCGGUCCCGUUCAAAUGUGCCAAGCACCUCGUGCCCGACCAGUGGCACCACCUCACCGUCACCCUCGCCAAGGACAUCAAGAAGAGCUGCCUCGUCACCGCCUACCUGAACGGCAAGAUGUUCGGCUCCGCAAAGAUGAAGUACAUCCAGCCCUUUCCCGGGCAGUGCGUCUCCAUGGAUCCCACUGCAGUCGUCGACGUGUGUGGGAUCAUCGGCACGCCGUCGCUGUGGAAACGGCAGGCGUCUCUGAUCUGGCGGGUGGGGCCCGCGUACCUGUGGGAGGAGGCCGUGACCUCGGAGUCCGUGGAGGUCAUGUACAGCCAGGGCACCAAGUACCUGGGGAACUACCUGUCUGUGUCUCUGCCAGCCGAUGGUGCCAGCAGCGUCGCGUCCCCUAUCAGAAUCAUCCCGGAGGAAAGGAUUUCGUUUGGGAUCAAUCCUGCCGUGUCCACCGUAACCACGGUAUCCGAGAUCCGAGACCAGUACAACGAGGUGGACUGCCGCCUCAUUGCCAAAGAGAUGGGAAUCACUUCGCGGGAUAACUGCACCCCGGUGUUCCUGGUCCGAAACGUGGCCCAGCACCUCAGCGGGACCUCUCGCACCAUCGGCGCCGCCCUGGUGGGCCGUUUCGGGGUCAGGACGUUCGUGUCCAGCAGCGCCGCCGACAGCUUCCUGUACAUCGGCGGGCCCGCGGUCGUCCUCAGCCUGGUGGCCAUGGCGACGGACGACAGCUCGCUGUACGCCGCCGCCAAGGUUCUGCUGUCGGUGCUGAGCACCAGCCCCAGGGUGGAGCGGGAGAUGAGCAGGACCGACGGGUAUAAGUUGCUAGCCUUCCUCCUGAAGACGAAGUCCCAGCUGAUCAGCCACAGAACAUUCCAGCUCAUCCUGGCCAUCGUGGGAACCAUGGAGCUGGGGAGCGGUUCCGUCUACGUGCAGAACCUCAGUGCCUUCCGGGACAUUCUCUGUGACUUGGAGGUGUGGCAGAACGCUCCCGAUAACCUCAACCUGCUGGUUUUAAACCAUUUUGCUGACAUUCUGAAAUCAUCGAGGCUAGCUGCUGUUUGGAUUCAUUUUAAUGUUCUCAGUCGUGACGGGCGGAACGCGGAGGUCUUGCACGGCCUUGGUGUGACGACAAAGCUGCUCUUUCUGCUGAACGAGCCCACUCUGACGUGCCAUAAAACCCGCCUCAUCUCCUCCAUCCUCAGACAGCUGCUCCAUGGCUUCUUCAACACAAAGGACAUCUGCAGGCUCGGGCUGUUCCUGGUUUACACACUGCUGCCUCCUUCCCUGAAUGAGAACAGCAUUUUCUCCGGCAUCAUCUUUGAUGUCUCUUUCCAAGCCCUGAGCCAAACACCUGCGAGGAGCGUCUGGAUCCGGAACCAGUUGCUGGAGAUGCUGUUCUGCCUGAUCGGACCCGACAGCUCGCUGCCUCAGAAGAGCCAGGAGGAGGUGUUCUUGGCUCUGGGGCCGGACUGGUUCCUGCUCUUCACUCAGAGCCACCUGCACUCCAGCACGGUCAAGCUGGCGCUCAGGCUGCUGACCCACCUCCUGUCCUACCCCGCCAUUUUGGCUCGCUUCAGAGAUGGCGUGUCCCCCGGCGCCCUGGUGGAGAACAUGGCUGAAGAGCCCUCGGCCGUAAUGGAUAACUUAAAGACUCCGUGUUGGUCGCCUGAGAGCUCGAGCUGCCCGUGUCCCGGGUUUGAGGUGCUGCAGAGGCUCCUGGUCAGCCAUGUGGCCACGCCCGAGAUCUACAUGCUGCUAGCGGCCCUGCUCCUGCAGAAGAACUGCUAUAAAACUGUCACAGGCCAGGCGGAUCUCGAUGGGCUGCUGCAGGAGGUGAUCGACUGCAGUAACGAUGGACCAGGGCUACAGCUCUGCUCGGAUGCAGCCCAGGUCCUGUUAGAACUGGUCAAGGUCAUCCUCAGCAAGCCCUCAGCCGGAAGUGAGGGCUCAUGGGAAAUGCAGUUCCCAGGCAGCGUCAUGCAGUUUUUCUGUUUGGUGCACAGUCUGCACCCGCGGGACCCCCUCUGGAGUUCCCCGGACUUCCUGAAUGUGCUGGCAGCCACCGUGUUUCCGCCCCCCAACCCCCACCAGACCGCCACAGAACCCUCUUCCCAAAACGGCGCAGACUCAGCGGAGGUCCCGCCCCCCCCGGCGCCCCACCCCGCCCGGAAGCAGGUGUGUGACUUCAUGCGCAUCUUGCUCAUGGACAGCCUGAUCAACGUCGCGGCCAAAAACAAGCUGCACCCCUUCGUGCUCCUCCUGGAGUUUUCUCCGGAAACGGCCACGCAGGAGCAGAAGCAGACCUUCCAGACGGAGGUGCUGGAGUUCCUGAUGGAGAUUGUGCACAUGACCUGCCAGGAGGAAGGCCAGGCCACCCAUGUGGCCAGAGACGAGGUCCCAGCCGGUGACAGGCCAGUCGGGAAGACAGUCACGCUGGUGGAUAAUGUCGCUUUCUUCAGCAAGAAGCUCGUGGAGAAGCUCUACGAGGGAAUGUUCUUAACUGAGCCAGAGAAGAUUCUGGUGUUCAUCGCAGAGCAGAUUGUUGUGGUGCUGGAGAAGGGCCCGUCGCAGCGGGAGAAGACGGUGAGCGUUCUGUACAACAGCGCCAACCGGGCCGUGCUCUACUUCCUGUCGCGCCGGCGGCAGACGGGGGCGGAGCUUCAGGCUGUGGUGCGGACGCUGAGCGUUCUGCAGCAGCAGUGGGACGUCCUCAUGGCCACGUACAACGGCAACGUGAACUUCCUCACCUGUCUCCUCCACUGCCUCCUCAUCCUCAGAUCCGGCAGUUACCCAGAAGGCUUUGGGUGCGAGACGCACAAAAAGCAGGCGAGGAAAAUCUGGUCUCACCUCCUGCCGCACAAGAACAGCCAGCCGAGUGCACCAAUCGAGGUCCCCAAUUCUGCCGAGGUGGAGGCGGAGCUGAGGGCCCUGGUGGAGAGCACGUGGAGCCGGCUGAUGGUGGAGCGGAGGCGCGAGCUGGAGGAGAGCCACAAGAUGGAGGUCUCGGCGAAGCCCGGCGCUCGCGAGGGUCCGGUGAGCCUCGCUGACGUCAGCCCGCUGCUGGAGGAGACGGCGCUCAAGGCCUGGCAGCUUUUCAUUGACUCUCAGAAGAAGAAGCUGGCCACCUCCCACCAGAAGAAGACCACUGUCCUCAGCAGUGCCAUGCGCACCGCACGCAGGAAACUGGGGAAGACCACGAGCUGCACCAUCGAGGAGUACCUGAUGUGCAUGGAGGCUCACCGCAAGACUGGCCAGGAGAUGUUUGAGCGGUUACUGAAGAACCACGUGCAGACACAGCGCUGUGAGAACGACGCCGUGGCGUCCCGUUGGCAGAGGGUGGAGGAGGAGCUCCUGAGAGAGAGGGGCCUGUUUGGGCCGGGCCCCGGGGUGUUCCUCAAACAGGGCUGGGUGCAGGACGCCGCGGAGGGGCCCAGCCGUAUGAGGCCCCGGAUCCGCCGGAAGGCCCCGCGCCGGUCCAAAAAGUUUCCCGUCUCCACUCCAGGCCUGUAUGGGAAGUGGAAUUUCAUCGAAGAGAACAGAGGUGUGGCUGAAAGCAGUGACACAGAUUCAGAACCCAAGAUCCUGUGUGAGGCAGGGCAGGAGGUGCAGGAGAACGGGCUGGACUGUGAUCAGCUGACCUUCUUCCCCUCGCUGAGCGAGGCGUCGCCGCUCUCUGACGACUUCUCCCAGCAGUGCACCGAGACGCAGCUGAUCCUGCAGGAGCUGGGCCCGGCCGAGCAGGUGAAAGGGAAGCUCUGCGUGGUCAUCGUCAGUGGGCACGUCGUCGAGGAGGGAGUGCUGCUGUUCGGGACGGCCCACUUCUACGUCUGCGAGGGCUUCACGCUCUCCCCAGCAGGGGACGUGUGCUGCAAAAACCACCACCCUACCAGUGUCCGGAAUUCGUUCAUCUGCGGCAUGUUCAGUAAGACCCUGCCCACGGCCAGCCCGAGCUGCAGGCGCUACGCGUACGAGGACGUGAAGGACGCCCAUUUCUCCCGCUUCCUCCUGGAGGACAAUGCCCUGGAGAUCUUCAUGAGGAACGGGCAGUCAACGUUCCUGGCCUUUCAGAACAAAGAGCAUCUUCCCGCUUUCAAACGGUAAAGUCGCAGCGUUCGCGUUCUGAAAGGGAGA